AUGCAGGCAGAAGUUGCUCGCAGGGAGAUCUGCAAGUUGGAAGCGGUGAAUCUUGCCGAGGCGUCAGCGAGUCAGCAGCGAUACGAGGGCCAGCUGCACAAGUUGCAGCAGCGUGUCAGCGAGCUCCAAGCUGAGUUGGCGCAGCCGGCUUCAGCUCAUCAGGCCAAUGGAUGCGCCCCUGAACCAGAGGAGGUGGCAGAAGAGCAGCCCACGGAGAACGCUGCACCCUCUGGGCAAGGUAUUGCGGCGGGUGCUUUCGACAACAUUCAGGAUGUGUCAGAACUACAAGCUCACAUUCAUGUUCUCGAGCAGCAGUGCUCUACGCUGCAGCGCAAGCUGAAUGCACGACCCAUUGUUUACCAAGCUCCUCCAAAAGAGAGGCCGAGCCGCCAGCGCUCUUCUGGUGGGAUCGUUGGCGUGCUCCGCGACAUUGUGGUGUUAGCAAAGAUGGGCCGGUUAUGGCACUUUGCCGCGACUGAGAGCCAACGAGACAAGCGGAACAGCUCCUGCGCAGCUUCACAGAACGGCAACCGUAUGAGCUUUCAGGCGGACCAAGUGCUGCUGGUUGUUGAAGUUGACUCAGGCUAUUGCUGCGAGCUGCUAUGCCCAAACCGGUGGAGUGUCUUCCAGCUGCUUGGCUUGUUCCAGGGCAUGUACAUUCAAUGGACAGGAACCAAAUGCGCACUGCAGUUGACCUCUGCAUGCACCGACAUGAUUGACAAAGGCACCUUGGAUGUCAAUUUGCGGGCCAAAGCUGCCAGGACUUGGGGCAACGAGCUGGCCGGCGGCGGCAGUUCCGACCUCCCGACUGGAAUCUCUCGGCUUUUCGCGACAAACGAUGCCUUCGCAGCAGUCCGGAGCGAUGGGACCGUCGCGACAUGGGGUGAUCCAACUUCGGGUGGCAACAGCGAUGCUGUGCAACACCUUCUGCAUGAUGUGCAGGAGAUAUUUGCCACAAAAGCAGCUUUUGCUGCCCUUCGGUCAGAUGGCUCUGUCAUUACUUGGGGCAGCCCGAUGUAUGGAGGAAACAGCAGCCGUGUAGAACAUCAGCUUCAGGGAGGUGUUGCACGGGUUUACGCUGCGGAGUGUGCCUUUGCUGCCGUGCGCACAGACGGCUCAUUGGUUACGUGGGGGUACCCGCGCUACGGCGGUUGCUGCGAAGCUGUGAGGCACCAGCUGGUGGCUGAAGCCCUGAAAGCUGCAUGUGAGUGCCAGACCCCACGCUGA